UAAAAGAAACUGUAAAGAAGCAUUGAAACUGAAUUGAAAAUCCUAAACAUGCUUACUUUGAUUUGAAUAUAACUACGAGCAAUUAUGUACUGCUGUGUUCUUUUAUUAAUACUUCAUUCAACCAACUUGCAAUUAAAAUUUUCCUGCAUCAUAGAAAUUUGCUUAAUCACAUUUUCUAUUCUUUUUCAUAACCUUCUAACAGGAUUUACAGUCAGAGAUUGAGGCACACCGCGUGGUAUACGAUCGCCUCGAUGGAACUGGAAGGAAACUUCUUGGUUCAUUAACAUCUCAGGAAGAUGCAAUAAUGCUUCAACGUCGACUUGAUGAAAUGAAUCAACGGUGGAAUCAUUUAAAAUCAAAAAGCUUGGCAAUCAGAAACCGAUUAGAGUCAAAUUCAGAACAUUGGAACGCAUUGCUGUUAUCAUUGAGGGAGAUGACUGAGUGGGUCAUAAGAAAGGAUACUGAACUUUCGACGAUCGAAAGAAUGCAUAGUCCCGUACGUGGUGAUGCUGCAAGUCUUGCAAAACAGCUGGAUGAUCAUAGAGCUUUCAGACGGCAGCUAGAAGACAAAAGACCGAUUGUUGAGAGUAAUUUGUUAAGCGGCCAACAAUACGUUGCAAGUGAACCGCCAGUUUCAGAUACAAGUGAUUCAGAAGCAUUUGAUGCUGAUUCAAGAUUUUUAUCAUCUGAUGAUCAAAACCGCGAACUUACACGAAGCAUUCGUAGAGAAGUCUCAAAACUAACAGAACAAUGGAAUCAUUUAAUCAAUCGAAGUGAGAAUUGGAAUCAUCGAUUAGAUGAAUUCAUGACGAAACAUCGAGUAGCGUGAUUGUUUCAAGUGACAAAUUGAUUUGAAAGACUUUGAAAAAAUCGCUGUCGUUGUAACUUGUGUGCGAAGCAAGUAAAUUAUUCUUUUUCUGUUUCUCCAUGAUUAAUUGAUAACGACGAAAGAACGCGAGAAAAUUGAAAAGAGAAGCAACAGUAGAUCUAUAAAAAAUGCAACUAAAACCAAACAGCAGUAUGCUGAGCUUAACGAAAUCAAUUGAUAUGGCAUCGACCACAUCAACUUUGUCGAUUAAAACCACCAUCGAGAGAACAGCCGAUGGACGUUUUGUCGUUGUAAAAAAAGCGAAUAGUAUCGAUGAUGAAUGCAGUAGUGAAGCAAUUAGCAGUUGUAGUGAUAACGAUGAAAAAUUGUUUAUGGCAAUUAGAAGUGAAAGAAGUCAUAUCAAUGAUGGAAAAUGUCAGAACUCAUCAAUUGGUGAUGUUACCUUUGAUGAUGAAACUUGUGAUGAAAGUGAUCGUGAUUCGAUGCUGGAAAAUUUCGAUGUCACUUUAGUUGACGAUGUCGAAUGUCCAAGUCCAAAGAACGAAGCUGAAAGAAUGUUUUUCGAGGUAGUAGAAGUUUUACGCUGUGAGCAAGAGAAAAUGCGUCAAUUCCAAAAAACUUUGGAAGACUUAAGUUCGCGUGUAAGUCAAGCAGAACAACUGGCAAAUUCGUGGCAAACGCCAGCAUCGGCGAAUGAAGCCAUUGAUCAAAUGCAAUAUUUGCAGCGCUUGAAAGAUCAAAUGACGACAGCUGGUGCAUUAUUGGACGACUGCAAUGAACAGCAAAGCUUUUUUACUGCAAACCAUGUUUUAGUUCCUAGUCAAUGCUUGUCGAAACUUGAGGAUUUAAAUACUCGCAUGAAAUUGCUACAAAUGGCCAUCGAUGAACGUCAUAAGGUUUUAGUGCAAGUUGGUGGAAAUCAACUCAGUUCAUCAAUGAACGAAAACAAUCGAAAUUUGCAUAGUGCUGCAGGAACAAUUGGACCAGUUCCGAAUUUAUCGAAGAGUGUGAAGUCGCCAUGGGAACGUGCGACAACCCCUGCCAAUGUGCCUUAUUACAUCAAUCACGAACGUGAAACGACAACAUGGGAUCAUCCUGAAAUGAUUGAAUUAAUGAAGUCUCUAUCAGAUCUCAAUGAGAUUCGCUUUUCCGCUUAUCGUACAGCAAUGAAAUUACGAACAGUUCAGAAGCGUCUUGUAUUUGAUCAAAUUCAAAUGGCAGUAGCAAUCGAGCGUUUCGAUAUUCAUGGUUUAAGAGCACAAAAUGAUAAACUUAUAGACAUCCCUGACAUGACAACGGUUCUUCAUUCACUUUAUGUGACAUUGGAUCAAAUUGAUAUGCCAUUAAUGUUGGAUCUUGCCAUCAAUUGGAUGCUUAACGUUUAUGAUUCUCAAAGAACUGGUCAGAUUCGCGUGUUGAGUUUUAAAGUUGGAUUGAUUUUACUAUGUCGUGGACACUUGGAGGAGAAAUAUCGAUAUUUGUUCCGUUUAAUCGCUGACAAUGAAAAGAAAGCUGAUCAAAGGAAACUUGGCCUUUUACUUCACGAUUGCAUUCAAGUUCCAAGACAGCUUGGUGAAGUUGCAGCUUUUGGUGGGUCGAACAUUGAGCCAUCAGUUCGAUCAUGCUUUGAACGCGCUGGUGUUAAUCAGAAUGGUGAACUUCUUGAAACUUCCAUUGAAGCGCAACAUUUUCUUGGUUGGCUUCAACAUGAACCACAGAGUCUGGUGUGGCUUCCGGUGAUGCAUCGUUUAGCAGCAGCUGAAGCGGCAAAGCAUCAAGCGAAGUGUAACAUUUGCAAGGAAUAUCCAAUUGUUGGCUUCCGUUACCGAUGUCUUAAGUGUUUUAACUUUGACAUGUGUCAAACUUGUUUCUUCCUUGGAAAGAAUGCAAAGAAUCAUAAACUUACACAUCCAAUGCAUGAAUACUGCACAACAACCACAUCAUCCGAAGAUGUCCGUGACUUUACAAGAGCUCUACGGAAUAAAUUUAAGUCACGAAAAUACUUUAAGAAACAUCCACGUGUUGGCUAUUUGCCAGUUCAAAGUGUGCUUGAGGGAGAUGCUUUAGAAUCACCUGCACCAAGUCCACAACACACCACCCACACACUCCAAAACGACAUGCAUUCACGUCUUGAAAUGUACGCGUCACGGUUAGCACAAGUUGAGUGCGGAACAAGAAGUAAUUCAACACCAGAAAGCGAUGAUGAACAUCAAUUACCAAAUCAAUUUAAUCAGUCAAUGUCGUCUUCAAAUGGUCCAAAAUCACCGAAUAACGAAGCAGAGGAAAGAGAAGAACUUGAGUCAAUAAUAAAAGACCUUGAAGAGGAAAACGCGACACUUCAAGCGGAAUAUGAUCGAUUGAAGAACAAGCAAACGCCGACAUCAACACCCGACGAUUCUCAAACAACACCAACACAAGGUGGAACUGGACAAGGACAGGAUAUGAUGGCUGAAGCGAAACUUUUAAGGCAGCAUAAAGGACGUCUUGAGGCUCGCAUGCAAAUACUCGAAGAUCAUAAUCGACAAUUGGAAGCACAACUUCAACGCCUACGACAACUUCUUGAUGAGCCAAAUGCAACAAAAGCAUCAACAUUGCAAACACGCUCGGUAACAGCGUCACAACUCAAUACAGAAUCGCCAGCAAAAUUGCAACAAAAUGGACAUUACACCGAACAGAAUUCAAAUGGAACACAAGAUGGAAAUAACAUAUCAGGAACGGGAAAUGUAUCCGGUGCACUGAAAAAUGAACAGUUUUUGGUGAUGGGGGCAGUAAAAGAACGUCCACCACCACCCCCGCACACAAAUCUUCUUAACAUGGCUGGUGAUCUUAACAAGGCGUUAAAAGAUCUCGUCACAGUGAUUACCGACCAGGAAAUUGCACAAAGCGAUUUAAAUGAGAAUGACAUCGAGUGAGCUUGGAAAGUUUGAUUACUAAAAAAACUCUUUUUAAUUUUUAUGCAUAAUCAAAACAAAUAAAAAAUAUCAAGAUAGUAAAUGAAAACAAUGAAAAGUUUUUCCAAAACUGCAAUUAGAUAAUUAGAUUAAUAGAUAAAAUAAAUUUCUACUCCUUUUAAUCCUGAAAGCAAAAAACCAUCUUAAUCGAAUCUUAUUUCUUUUCAUGGAGAUUCUUAAACUAAAACAUGUUGUGAUCUUUUGACUAGGAAUUUCCUUGAAAACUUUAUAAGAUAUUCAAGUUUUUGUAGUCUUACUUUAGACGAUAUCACGAAAAAAAACUUCAACACUAGUGUGCAUAUUUCAAUGGAUUGCACAUUUAACGUUAGCCUCUUUUUAUUCAUUCCCUUAAUUCUUUGUACUUUGAAUUAGCUUCCUUCAAGCUUUUUUGUCUUAUCUUCUUUGAAAUUUACAUAAGAGAUGAAUGUGGUUUAGUUAUACUGUCUUUAUAUAGAUUUGAGAUUUAUACUGUAAUUAAAUAAGUUUUCUAUCUUUCCUUUCUGUUGCUUGCUUAUUUCAAUUAAAUUUGAUUAAGAGCGGCGGUAUUCAACUGAUCGGAAAUCUGAAGAUGAUUUAUUUCCGUCUUGUUAUCUAUGCAGUUUUGCUCUGUUAAAAUUAUAUGCUAACAUUUUUUAGCUUUACAGAGAUAAUUAAAAUUCAUUUCGUAGUUUAAUCCUAUAAUUAAAACAAGAAAAAUAUCGAUAAAUUUAAAUAAAAACAAAAAUAUUCACAAGAAAAAUCUACUAACAUACGAUUAUUGUAUGGAUGAGAGAUGGUUAGCUUAGUCAAAGAAUUUUAAACAAUGACAGGAAAAUAUCAUUGAUAAAUUUUAGUCAAAAUAAAAUCAUAUCAGUAUAAUGGAAUGAGAAGAAAAAACUAUAAAUGAAAAAUUGUAAGAAGAAAAGAAAAAAAUUGAUGACUUUUCGCAGGCUUUUUAAUUUUGGAUUGACAUUUGAAAUAUCUUUUUAUGUUGUUUCAUCUAGAAAUUGAAGAAAUUAUGAUCACUUGUUUACAUUUCAAUUAAAAAAAAGUAAAAUUGACAUCGCGGAUCUUCAAAACUCCUGCAAAAAGAUUCUUCUUUAUUUUCUUGAAGCUGUCAUGUUAAUCGCAACCUUAAAAUAUAUCUGAAGUUAAAUGUAAUUAUUAUAUGUCUCGUUUUUACACUUUGGAAUUCUUAUCGAACACAUUGACAAAAAUAUCUUUAAAGACGUUUGCACAAGUGUUCAUAUAAAAAAAUAUAUUUAAUAUCAUGUUUCACUUUCUAUGAAAUAUAAACCUUAACCCCAUCCAUCUAUUCAUCUGAUUUAUCAGAAACAAGACUUGUCUUUUUUACUUGUGAAAACCACAAAUUGAAACGCUAAACUCAUAUUUCUAAAUGCUAUAAAAAUAGAAAGGAGAAAAGGAAAAAAAAAGAAAAUUUUGUACUUAUUUAAACUUGGAAUUUUCUCAAGCUUCAGCUAAAGUAAGUAUUCCGCUUUUGGAACACCUUUUUGUACAAUAAACAAGCCACGACAUCUACUUUUUUACUUCCAACGUAAUAUUAUUAAAGGAAAAUAAAUUUACCAUCGAAUUUAAAAAGACAAGAGAAUGAAUGAAAAUAAUAAUAAUAAAGUCAAGUUAGCAAGAAUUUCUACCUAGUAGCGAAAAACUUCAUAUCACAAGAUGAAAUACAUAAAAACAAAAACUUUUUCCACAAUUUUAAAGAAAAACCACAAAAAUCACAAUAUGAUGUCUAACCAGAUAUAAUUUAAGAUAGAAAUGAUGAUAUCAUGCACAUAUUCAGUUAGACAAUCUUUUGAUUUAUCGAUGAAAUUAAAUGAAAUCUGAUUUUCCAGUCAAUCAACGUAAAACUUUUCAUUUUUCCUCUCUUCUCAGCUUAUUGAUUGAAAACUUUUUGUUCAAAAAUAAUAUUUUGUCUCUUACUUUAAGAAAAGUUAUCAACAUAUCGAAUGAUGAAUAUGAAUAAUAAAAUGAUGAAAAACAUUUGCUAACGACAA